AUGAUGACUGAUGAUGGGAACAUUUUUGGGAGCCUGAAGGAUGAGGCCUCAGUGCCUCGGGUACUACAUAUGUUACAUGUACAAUUUUUUGACAGCUUCGGUUCGGUCCUGACUCCUGAAUCUGGUUCAAAACUCGGACUUGCCGUCAUGUCCUUAAGCAUGAAAAUUUGGAUUCAAUAUCAUUCAGACCGGAUAUGUAGCGUCAAACGACGUCGAUAUCAUCAGAUGCCGUGUCCUUCGUGUUACAACAAGUGCGAUGCUACCUGCAUACCUGUAAAAGCGCUCCCGGUGCCGUUGGAUGGGUUCCAUGGGCGCCUAAGUAUUCCUGUCAUUAAUUUCCUGAUUCCUGAACUUCAAACCCGAUGUCAACUGAUUUCUCGUCGAAGAUGGCUGGGCGCGCUGUGGUGUGGGAAGACCGAUGUGGGAGGUGUUGACGGUCGAGCGCUCCCUUUUGCGAAGUGUUCGGCUGUUCCAAUGCAGUGGGCGCUUAUCAGCACCAAUCAUCGACAAUUCGUCGUCGAAGUCUGCAAGUUCAGCACGCCUCGUCACUGUAUAAUGGCUAAGAAGCAAGUGCAUCAGAAGAGCAACGCCUUAACAGGCUAG